AAUGUUCCUGGUCUCUAUAUCGCCGUGCAGGCUGUACUUGCCCUGGCCGCGAGUUGGGCCGCCAGGCCUGUAGAAGGACGUACACUAACAGGCAUCGUUGUCGAUAGCGGUGACGGCGUAACACACGUUAUACCAGUGGCUGAGGGCUACGUAAUUGGUUCUUGUAUCAAACAUAUUCCCAUUGCUGGUCGCAAUAUCACCUCUUUCAUACAGAGUUUAUUGCGAGAACGUGAAGUGGGCAUACCGCCAGAGCAAAGUUUAGAAACUGCCAAAGCGAUUAAGGAGAAGCACUGUUAUAUUUGUCCAGACAUUGCCAAAGAAUUUGCCAAAUAUGAUACGGAGCCGGGCAAAUGGAUACGCAACUAUACGGGUACAAAUGCGGUGACUAAGAAUCCAUUCAGCGUCGAUGUAGGUUACGAACGUUUCUUAGGACCUGAGAUUUUCUUCCAUCCCGAAUUUUCGAACCCCGAUUUCACAACUCCACUAUCGGAAAUCGUAGAUAAUGUCAUACAAAAUUGCCCGAUUGAUGUGCGACGACCCCUAUACAAUAAUAUAGUAUUGAGCGGCGGUUCCACGAUGUUCAAAGAUUUCGGACGCCGUUUACAGCGUGAUAUCAAACGAUCUGUUGACACACGCCUCCGAAUCAGCGAAAACUUAUCUGAAGGUCGCAUUAAGCCAAAACCAAUCGAUGUACAAGUCAUAACACAUCAUAUGCAGCGAUAUGCUGUAUGGUUUGGAGGCAGCAUGUUGGCAUCCACGCCUGAGUUUUAUCAAGUGUGCCACACAAAGGCUGCUUAUGAGGAAUAUGGUCCAGGAAUUUGUCGUCAUAAUCCUGUAUUUGGCACCAUGACAUAAUCAUAUAUGUAUCAGACUGUGCUCGCAGAAUUGUUUUCCUCCUCUACCUAUUAUGCAAUUUAUAAAAUUCCACUUAUUUUAAAAUUCUGUUUUAAGUACGUCGAUCGUGCAAUUUGGCAUCGUUUACGAAAACUCACAACGGUUAGCCAGAUAUAAUAUAAUUGAGGUUAACGCACACAUCAACUUUUUUUACGUACGCAGUGUUAAAUCUUCGUAAUACAAAAAAUGUAUCUGUGUAAUGUUGCUAAGUUGUAAUGUAACUCGUCUGUAACAUUAAAGUCAAUAACUAAGCUGCAUUUUUUCGUAUUAUUAAAAUUAGAAGUCUUAUUAUGCUUAUUAUAAUGAUAUAAAAGAUAAUUAUUUGAAUGGUGCCGACGCAUUUAUUGUAAUGUUGGCACUUUUAUACACAUACAUACGUAUUUGCGCUCUUCCAGUUGCUGAACACAAGUGCAAGUAAUGCAAUUAAGUUGAAUAUUUAUUUUUUCUGUGAAGCUAAUAUACUAUUAUAUUUAAUUGCUUUAUUUGCAUUACUUAUGCAAGCGUUGCAAAUGUAUGUUAUUCUAUUAUUAACGUAAAUUUCCAUGUUUAUGUUCAGCUAUUAAAAGUGAAACAAUAUAGUAUGAGAAAAUAUAUAACUAAAUAUUUAACAUUUUGGCCAAUUACAAUUAAAUUGAAUAAAAACUACGAAAAAAACUAUUAAUGAAUAGAAAUGUGCGAAUACACUGAAAAUAAAUUGUGUGAAGAAUGUGAUUCUUUAAGAGAAUUAAAUAAAAUCAAUGUGAAAUAAAAACCAACUUUCAUUUA